GUCGAGGAGACAGAAUCGUCCAUAUUCCAUACACCAGAGGACAGUACGCCAUCCUUCAUCUCAGAGGAGGUUUUACUGUGUCCACCUGCAGUCAGUAAUAUCGAACAUUGCUUGGGGACUCCAGAGUUCUCUUUGUGCGGUCAAGAGACUGAAAAAAUUGAAGUUGUUGGAAGUGUCAGCUUUACUAAUGACAGUCCUGAGUUAAGCUUCUUAUCCUCUCCAGAAUUAGUUGUGGAGAGUGCUGAGGAUGCCAUUGAGAAAGAAUUAUGUGAGUUAAACUCAAAGGAGGAGAAUACUAUGCUCAUCAGUAUGGAGGAGGAACCUUUGCAAGGUCCACUUAUAGUCAGUACUGGUACUAGUGAACAAUGCCUGGAAACUUCAGAUGCCUCUUUAUGUAUUCAAGAUACCAAGGCGGGGGAAGUUUCUGGAAUUAUAAACUUUGUUACAGCCACUCCUGAAUUAAUGUAUACAGCGUCUCCGGAGUUACUUGCAGAAGGUGAUGAGGACUUGAAGGAGGAUAAAACGUCUGAUUUGCAUUUACCGGAGCAGAAUGGCCUACCUUUAAACAUUGAGAAAGAACCUAUUCUGGAUUCACUUGUAGCUGAUACUGCUGAGGAUGUCGAGAGAACAGAAGUUCAUGAUGUUGUCCAGGAAGGUUCUUUUGAAUCAGAAGACGAGGAAACAUUUAAUAAUCCAAAUCUUGUUGUCACUUCUUCAAUUGAUGAUAGUAAAAAUCAAAAUUUGAUAAGUGACUCAAUGCUUGUUCAAUUUAUUCCAAACACCGACAUAAAUGAAGCUCUUGAAGGUGGCUGGGAAGCAGUUUCUGAACCGCUACAUCAAGGCCCUCGCCAUUCUGAAGGAAUGUUCUUAUCUCCCGGGGAGAUCAAUGAUGACGAAGUCUAUUCUUUGACUCCAAUGGAGAGCCCUACAUUGUAUGCAGUCAAUGACAAGGAGCUGCCAAUCACUCCUGACAUGGAGAGCUAUCCAGAGUUCUUUGGCGAGGGAAUUGAAGAGAUAGUAUCGUCCAAGUUCCAUAUGCCAGAGGAGAGUACGACGCCCUUCAAUUUGGAGGAGGUUUUACCGUGCUCGCUUGCAGUCAGUAAUAUAGAAAAUUGCCCCGGGGCUCCAGAGUUCUCUGUAUGUGGUGAAGAAGAGACUGAUAAAAUGGAAGUUGCUGGAAGUGUCAGCUUUAUCAAUGUCAGUCCUGAGUUGAGCUUCUUAUCUUCUCCAGAGUUGGUUGUGGAGAGUGCUGAGGAUGCCACCGAGAAAGAAUUAUGUGAAUUAGAUACAAAGGAGGACAAUGCUAUACUCAUCAACAUGGAGGAGGAAGCUUUACAAGAUCCGCUUAUGGUCAGUACCAGUACUGUUGAACAAUGCUUGGAAACUUCAGAUGUCUCUUUACGCAUUCAAGAUGCCAAUCCUAAAUCGAUGUAUCCACCAUCUCCAGAGGUACUUGGAGAAUAUAAUGAAGAAUUCAAGGAGGAUCAAACGUCUGACUCGCACAUACUGGAGGAGAAUGGCCUACCUUUUAAUUUUGAAAAGGAACCUAUUCUGGAUUCACCUGUAGCUGAUACUGCUGAGGGCGUCGAGAUAACAGGGGUUCAUUAUGUUGUCAAGGAAGGUUUUUCUGAGUCAGAAGGCGAGGAAGCAUUUAACUAUCAAAAGCUUGCUUUCACAGAUUCGGAGGAUGAUAGUGACACUCAAAAUUUGAUUAUUGAUUCAAUGCCAGUGAAAUUCAUUCGAAACAGCGACCUAAAUGAAGUUCUUGAAGGUGGCCAGGAAGCAUUUUCUCAGCCACUACGCCAAAGCACUCGCCAUUCUGAAGGAAUGUUCUUAUCUUCAGCGGAGAUCAAUAAUGAUGAAGUCUAUUCAAGCAACUCAAAUUCAUAUGCCAAUGUGGUGGAAGAUGCUGCACCCUCUGAAGGACUUUCUAAGUUUGAAGAUGAAAUGUCUAUUGCUUCUUUAGAUACUCCCAUCUGCCUGGAUGAGGUUAAAAGUGCAGCUAUUGUUGACAUUGAUAUAGUCAGUCCUAAACUGAGCCUUCAACCAGAGCUGCAUGAUGUGGGAGUUGAGGAGAAUGAAUUUUCCAAGUUCCAUGUACCAGAGGAAAUCAGAACACCCUUCAAUUUGGAGGAGCAAGUUUUGCUAUCCCCAGUUGCGGUCAAUAAUACUGAAUACUGCAGGGAGACUCAGGAGUUCUCUUUGUACAAUCAAGAGAAUGAGGAAAGGGAAGUUGUUGAAAGUGUCAGCUAUAUUAAGGUCAGUCCUGAGUCGAGCCUCUUAUCCUCUCCAGAGUUUGUUGGGGAGGGUGGUGAGGAUGCUAGGGAGAAAGAAGCACGCGAAUUAAACACAAAUGAGGAGAAUGAGACACUCAUCAAUUUGGAGGAGGAACCUUUACAAGCUGCGCCUGUGGUCAGUACUACUGAUCAGUGCUUGGAAACAUCAGAGUUUUCUUUAUCUAGUGAAGUUGCCAAGACAAUGGAUGUUCCAGAGAUUGUUAGCUUUGUUACAGUCAGUCCUGAAUUAAACUACUCUGCAUCUUCAGAGUUACUAUCAGAGGGGGACGGGGACUUACACGAGGAUGAAACGUCUGACUUGCACUUAAAGGAGCAGAAGGCCCUACCUUUUAAUUUGGAGGAGCCUUUUCUGGAUCCACUUGUAGUUGAUACUGCUGAAGAUGCGUUGGCUACAUCAGAACUUUUGAUAUGCAGUGAAGAGGUCAAGAUGACCGAAGUUCAUGGAGUCGUCGAGGAAGUUUUCUCUGAAUCAGAAGACGAGGCAGCAUGUGACCAUCCAAACCUUGUUCUCGCCUCUCCAGAUGAUGAUAGUACCGCUCAAAAUUUGACAAGUAAUUCAAUAUCUGCUCAGGUCAUUCCGGACACCAGUGUAAAGAAAGCUUCUCAAGCUGGUCAGGAAGCAUUGCCUGAGCCACCACAUGAAAGCAUUUGCCAUUCUGAAGGAACAUUCCUAUCUUCAGGUGAGGUCAAUCAUGAUAAAGUGACAGUUGAAGCACCAUUUGCUGGUGAGGGAGGACUUUCUAUGCCUGAAGAUGAAAUAGCUUUGACUUCUCUAGAGACUUCCAUCUUGCUUGAUGAGGUUAGAACUGCAGAAAAUUUGGCAGCCAACUCUGAACCUUCUCAGUCCAUCCCAGACAUCAACGGAUUUCAAUCUCUUCACGACCAGGAACAAGCUCCAUCUGAAACACUGCAGGACACUAAUUUUCUUCUCGAGGGAAGCCACACAUCUUCAGAUGAGGGUAUAAACUCUGAAAUAUUUUCGCUGUAUUCCAGGUCAUCUUCAUGUGUUUCAGAGAUCAACAUGCUGGAAUCUCUCAGAAGUGGAACAUCUUCUGAACCGGACAAUGAUCGUGGUUUAAGCUUUGAUGAGAGGAACCGUGUGAUAUUUCAUAACAUGGACAGUACAGAAAAUAACACAAACAACCCAGUGACUGAUGAAUCUAUCCUGGAGACCAACAUGAUUGAAACUCUUAAUAUUGCUGAUGAAACAACUGCUGAUUCACCGCACGAAGUUUCUUCAAACUUUGUGGACUCUUUUGUAGCUCCAGAUGUAAUCAAUGGCAUGACACAAUCAGAUCAACACUUGGACUUAUCAUCCUCUUCAUUUGCUCCGGUGGUUGAUGCAUUUGAAACAUUGCAAAGUGGUCAGUUUUUUUCUGAGCCUCAACUCGAAAAUGAUGUUACGUUUGAGCAGACCCAAAUGUCCCCUAAGGAGGCUGAUGAUGCUGAAAACUAUUUCACCAAUACAAUUGACGAUCCUCAAGAUAGUGAGAGAACAUCAACUGUAGCUUUGGAAGAUGAAGAUGAUUUAACUCUUCAUAAGGCUUACAUGUCUCCUGAAGAUAUCAGUGAAGUCAAAAAUUCUUUGGCUGAUGAUUAUGCUUCAGAUCUUCCUCACAUGCCGGAGAACCAUUGCUUCAGCGAAAAAGUAUCACCUGAAUCUCAGGACCCCUUAAGUUCUGAGGAGAUUUUGGUUUGUCCAGAGGGUUUGAAAACUGAAAAUGAUUUAGACGGUGUAAAGUCAUCCUUGUAUUCUACAGAGGCCAACUUGGCAGAACCUUGUGGCAUUGCUCACGAAGGAACUCAGCAACAAGAUGAAACCAUGUUGGGUUUUGAGGAAGCCAGUUCUGAAUAUCACUAUGACAAUUCAGGGUCCCUAGAUAUUCCAGAUGUCAGUGUGGCGGAGAGUCUUCAAGCCGCAGAGAGAUCAUCAUCUGAGAUACUUUACGAUGGCAUGUUCAGUUUCGAGGGGACAUUAAUAUCUCUAGAUGGCGAUGACAAUGCUGAGGAUUUUCCUAACAAUUCAGGUUCUGUUAUGCAUACUGCACAGACCGACACAACAAGUCUCCCUAGUCUUCAAGAAGGGUCUUUCAAGCCAGAAGAUGAAAAUCCAGUUAAUUCUAUCUCCCCAUAUGAGGUUGAUACUGAAGAAUCAAGUAGCUCAAAUCAUGGUAAUUCCAGCUCCGCUUCAUCUCGUCAUGACAUCAGCUUCAUGGAGGCUCCUCGGCCCCAGGAACUGCCUAUAGACGCUGGAAGGGAAAAAGUUCUGCUCAAGGAUAAGGAACCAAAAGACAGUAAAUCUGAGGUCAUGAAAGAGACUGUCGAAGAUUUGGAUGACGACCAUGAGAGGAAACCAGUAGUCACAAUCAGUCAUAGCACUGGGAGCAGUAUUGUAUCUGAACUAGCUGACUUGCAGUACACCCAGUCAGUUGAUGAUGAUACUGAAACUCUUAGUGCUCCUCUACCUUCAUCUGUUGCUACAGAUAUUUUGAAGCAGACCAAAUGAUAAGGCUGCAUGUGUUUCAGUAGAAUGGUCAACUACUGAGUAACCUCACAAGAGCAUCUAAAAGCUUGUGACUGGAGCUGGUUCUUUGUUCUUUUGUGUAAAGCUUCUAAUACUGGAGAUUGGAGAUUGUUCUUUAUUAGUUUCGUGUGCUCAGAGGACGAGGGAAAGAAGUCCAAUACAUGGAGUUUUUGUACAAAGUAAUACGGGAGUUCUCAAAAUCAUCAUCUUGAGGUGAAAAACUGGAAUCGCCUCUGGAUUGAGUUGCUUGCGCUUGGAGUGGAAAUGUCCUAAUUCUUGCCUUUUGCCGUCAAGAAUCGAGGAUUUGAUGAAAGAUAAGGCUCUUUCAUAGUUUUCUCUCUCUUUGUUUUUUAGUUUGGGUUGAAGUUGUAUAGCUCUGUAUAUCUGGGUAAAUAUACUGCCAUCAGUAGCCCAUGUAUAAUAUGUCAUAGUGUGAUAUUCUUUAGGCAGUGGUACUUUGCAUGAGUGCCUCAUUUGGUGCCUUUUUUUGUAUGAGUUGAAGGGUAUUAAAGCAUUGCAAUUUUACAACAGAAGUUUCUGUUUUGAUUUUGAUAAUGAGUAAAAGCGAGAGAUUCUGCUAGUGCA